CUUAUUUAAUUUAAAAUGAUAUUACCAAAAGGAAAAAAAAACGACACGUGGCAGUUACAAUUCCAUUAAAAAAACCAUCCAGGAACGUCUUUCAGGUCAUCUUACUUGCUCUGCUUAAUACCUAAGCUAAUUCUCUUCUCUUCCCUCCCGAGUAUUAUCUUCCCCAGUUGUUAACAUUCUUUGACUAAAUUACCCUUUCACCAUAUACACUUUCCCCAGAUAAACUAAGGCUAAUUUCGUCAUUCAUUAUCUCCCCCAAAAAGUUACCUAUAAAUACCAGACUCAACUCGAACACUGAACUCAACACCACCAGACUGGUAGUUCUCUCUAAUUCUAAACCAACAACCCUUUCUCUAAUUUUACCAUUUUACCCUUCCAAUGGCUUCUCGUUACGAAGUUGAGGUGAAGCUCACCUCCGCCAAAGAUUUGAAGAACGUGAACUGGCGUUACGGUCCAGUGAGGCCAUACGUCGUCGUUUGGGUCGACCCAAAGAACAAGUGUUCCAGCCGGGUCGACGAAGAGGGCGACACGAACCCGAUUUGGGAUGAGACUUUGAAGAUUCCCUUGCCCGGUCGGAUCGAAGACGAGGAGUAUUCAACUCUCUACGUCGACGUGGUCCACGCCGGGUCCGAACCCGAUACCAAGAAACUGAUCGGGUCGGCCAAACUCAGGCUCGGAGAAAUCGUCGAUGAGGUGGGCUUCGGUGAACGCGCCACGCGUACCUUGAAGCUCAAACGACCUUCUGGAAGACCCCACGGGAAGCUAGACUUGAAGGUCUCAAUCAAAGACCCUUACUAUCGUGCGCCGGAUGCCUACAACGCACCCCCUUACGGGGUCCCACCACCUGGUUCAAGGGAUUACAACGCUGCUCCUUACGGUGGACCUUACGGUGCUCCGCCACCGUUGCCUCGUGAUCCUUACUACGUUGCUCCGCCUUCUGGAUACCCACACAGUUCGUACAAUGCGCCAUCCUAUGGCCAAGCCUACGAUCAGCCGAGUUACGGGCAAGCGCCUCAGUACGGUCAGCCGAGUUACGGGCAGGCUCCGGCGUACGGUGCGAGCGGGUACGGGCAAGGGGAGGAGAAGAAGAGCAAGUUUGGAGGAAUGGGGACGGGAUUGGCUGUGGGUGCGGUCGCAGGAGUACUCGGUGGACUCGCUUUGGCGGAGGGGGCUGAUUACGUGGAAGACAAGAUUGCUGAUGACGUGGAGGAUCGAGUGGAAGAUGAUCUUGGGUACGACGGCGACGAUUUCUAGAGAAGUAUUUUGUUGUGUGCUUGGAUUGGUUGGGCCCCACUAUUUGGUUUUGGUUAUUUAGAGUGGUUGGAUGAAACGGUGCAUUUUGUUGACGUGAAAAUGAAAUGUGUUUUGUAGUUUCAAGAUAAUAAUUGAUAAAUUUGGAAGUUUUCGUUU